CCCACACGGAAGACAGUGUAGCAACACACACUUUUACACUCGUUUAAGCAAUAUUAGAACUCUAACCAACUUUUCAUCGUUUGACAAAGUACUAGCUGUGUCGUAAAAAGCCUAAGCGCAUUUUUCCCUCAAGGUCAUUCGUGUGAUAAGGAGGUACAGAAGACAAGACUAUGCAAUCGUUAAAAAGAAGUACUCUGUUAACUGGAUUGCCAGUUUCAAAUAAUCCUCAUAUUAUUCUGACAUCACUUUACAGGCGCAUACUCAAAGUGCUUGCUCUUAUGCCUGAGGAAUCUAGUUAUCGUAGGCAUACAAACGAACUAGUACAGUCCAGAUUAAAUGCUGUACAAAAGAUUCCAGAUAUUCGCACACUGGAGUCUACUAUUGAUUGUGGGCAAAUUGAAGAAGUCAUCGUACAGGCACAAAGAGAAUAUGAUUUAGCACGUAAUAUGCUUAAAUGGAAACCUUGGGAACAGCUUAUUGAAAAAGCUCCUAAUGAUCAAUGGAAAUGGCCAAUUUAAAAAUAAACUUGCUUAAUUAAUAUUUUAGUAUUAUGACCAAGCACCAAUAAAUUGUAGAUAUUCAUUUUUUCAUUCAAUACAUAUAUUUAAUUUUU